ACGGAUCUUUUCGUACCCCGGAACCUUCCUUCCGCACCUCCCGUUUCCUCCCGGAGCAGCGCGGAGGGGCCGGUCGCUAUGGCAGCGGGGCCGUGGGGCUGGGGGCCGGCGGCUCUCGCGCUGCUGCUCGCGCUGCUGCUCGGGGGCGCGCGCUGCCUGCGGCGCCGUCGCGCGGCCGGGCGGGCUCGCGCCUCCCUGAGGGGAAGGGCGGCGGCGGCGGCGGCGCAGGGCGAUGGCGUCCGCGAUGGCGUCCGUGCGUUGCUGGUGACGGCGCACCCCGAUGACGAAGUGAUGUUCUUCGCCCCCACCGUGCUGGGCUUGGGCAGGGCCGGCGCCUGUGCUGCGGUGCUGUGCUGCUCCGCAGGAAAUUACUACAAUCAAGGAGAGAUUCGUAAAAAAGAACUGGAACAGAGUUGUUUUCUGCUGGGGAUUCCUGCUUCCAAUGUAACAGUCGUUGAUCACAGGGACCUUCCAGAUAAUCCUGCUGUUGAAUGGGACACACACCUCCUUGCCACCUUGGUGCUGAAGCAUAUAGAAACCAACAACAUCAACCUGGUGGUAACCUUUGAUGCUGGAGGAGUGAGUGGCCAUGCUAACCACAUUUCUCUUUACACUGCUUUAAGGUACCUGCAUUCGGAGGGGAAAUUACCUAAAGGGUGCCAUGUGCUGGUGCUUGAAUCAGUGAAUCUCUUCCGGAAGUACAUCUCCAUCCUGGACAUACCCAUCUCCUGCCUCCUGCCCAGAGAUGCACUCUUCAUACUCACAGAAGAGGAGACUGAACAAGCCAGGAGAGCCAUGCGGUGCCAUCGCAGCCAGCUCCUCUGGUUUCGACACAUCUACAUCCUGCUCUCACGCUAUAUGGUGGUCAAUUCACUCCGCCUUCUGUGAAGGAGACAUCAUUCACCACUUUGGGAGUAAAAGAAUGAGCAAAAAAAAGAGUGUGCCAGGCCCAGGACUGAAGAAAACUCACCUGUUACAUGCUCAAGAGGACAGGAUUGUUUUUGUGUAGCAUUCUUUCAGACUACAAAAAACAGGCUGUGUGAACUGCCUUCUGAAAAUCUUGAUGCCUGAUACAUUGAGAUGAACAAGGUUUAACAGAUACUCUAUUUUCUCAUUGUAGAAACUUAAAUAGGUUAAGAAAUUUGGAGUAAAAAUGCAGGAUUAUUCUGCAUCAGAGAAGAUGUGGCACAAACUGUUAUCCCCCAGGAAGACAGCUGUGAGGAUUGCUUGGCUACUGACUGUUGGUGCUUUUGUAAAACCCAGAUAUCAGGAAUAACUUUUCAAAGAUUCUGCCAUCUCCACAGAUGAAACUAGAACCACAAGACCUGUCUUAGAACUUUAAAAUGCCAAAGCACUGAAUAAAACAUCAGAAAUCAUACUGCAUUCAUCUUUGCUGCUACUGCUGCUUCUUUCAUACACAUGUUGUGUUGCAGGCUUUACUUCUCCAGAGCAUCUGUCAUGGAACAUAAGCAUUUCUUUUUGCUUCAGAAUAUGGGGCUCGAGAACAACUCACAACACUCUCAACAGGACACAAGAAUGAGGUGCAAGAAACCCAGACUGUAAGGAUUUCUAUAGAACCCAUGUGGAGACAGAAAUGAGAUUUGAAAAGCUGUUCCGCUUCUGUAA